CCCCCGAACGCAACAUGUCUCCCUUGGAAGACGCUUCGGCCGCGUCGCUCUCGUCCGGCGCCACGCCGUUGCUGGCGUGCGUGACUGCGCUUUUCCUCGCGGCUUUCGCCUCCCGACGCUUGGCCUCGGCGCGGCGCGGCGGGAAGGAGCCCCCGGGGCCCCGGCCCCUGCCGCUGCUCGGGAACCUGCUGCAGCUGGACCUCACCUGGCUCGACAGAACCUUGUGUCAGCUUGCCAAACGCCACGGUUCUGUUUUCACCAUCUAUUUGGGCACCAGAAAAGUGGUGGUCCUGGCCGGGUACAAGGCUCUCAAAGAGGCUCUGGUCGGCCACGCCGUAGAAUUCGGGGAGCGCUUCAUCACCCCCAUUUUUCAAGAUUCCAAUCACGGUCAUGGCAUCCUGUUUGCCAAUGGGGAUUCGUGGAAAGAACUGAGACGUUUCGCCCUCAGCACUCUGCGAGAUUUCGGCAUGGGCAAAAGACUCGCAGAGGAGAAAAUCUUAGAGGAGUGCCGCCACCUCAUUCCCAUUAUUGAGAGUCAUAAAGGGCAACCGUUCGAUACGACUUCGCCGCUGAGUCACGCAACGUCCAACAUCAUUUGCAACAUCGUGUACGGGAACAGAUUCGAAUACAGCGAUCGUCGCUUCGUCACGAUGGUGAAACGAACCAACGAGAACGUUCGUUUGAGCGGUUCAUUCCAGAUACAGCUUUACAACAUGUUCCCCCGGUUGCUGAGUUGGGUCAAACACCGGCGGAUGGUCCUCGGCAACCGUGACGACAGCAUGAAGGACAUCCAGGAGCUUCUGCGCCAGCGAAAGGAGAAGCUCAACCCCGAGAUGUGCACGGGGCUGGUCGACUGCUUCUUCGUCCGCAAGCAAAAGGAAGAGGGGGCCGUGUUGCCCUCCCUUUUGGGGCUUCUGGCAGGCUUUCUGGCCGUCCGCCGUCUCUUCAGCACUUUGAGCUCCAAAGGCGAGACUAAGGUGGAUCCUCCGGGGCCCAGGGGGCUCCCCCUGCUUGGUAACCUGCUUCAGGUGGAUCUCAAGAGACUGGACGAGUCUCUUUUCGAUCUGUCUAAAACGUACGGACCGGUUUUCACGGUCCACUUUGGACCCAAGAAGAUGGUGGUCCUGGCCGGAAGCAAGACGGUCAGACAGGCUCUGGUCAACUACGCCGACGAGUUUGGAGAGCGGGACAUCAAUCCGCUAUUCUACGAUUUCACCAAAGGACACGGUAUCGUCUUUGCCAACGGGGAUUCGUGGAAAGAAAUGAGACGUUUCACCUUGUCGACGCUGAGAGAUUUCGGGAUGGGAAAGAAGCUCAGUGAGGAGAAAAUCGUCGAGGAGUGCCACGUCCUCAUCCGGGAAUUUGAGCAACACCGCGGAGAAGCCUUUGACAACACGUCACUCAUCACCUACGCGGCUUCCAACAUCAUCUCGGCCAUCAUGUUCGGAAAGAGGUUCGAAUACACCGACGAGGUUUUCCGGGACAUGGUCGCGAAAGACUGCGAGCUCAUCCAUCUGUCCGGAUCGCCUUCUAUCACGCUGUAUAAUUUCUUCCCCUGGCUGGGCCCCUUCCUGAAAAACUGGAGGGAUGUGAUGAAGAACUUAGCAAGCACCAGGCAGCAUUUGCAGAGCAUAAUUUCCGAACUGCAGGCCACGCUCAGCGCCGACGUUUGCCGGGGCUUCGUCGACGUUUUCUGCACGCGGAUGCGAAAUCUGGAGCACCGAGCCCAGGAUGUGCACUUCCAUGACGACAACCUGCUGUACAGCGUCUUCAAUUUGUUCGGGGCCGGCACCGACACCACGGCCAACACGCUUCGCUGGAGUCUGCUUUUCAUGGCCAAGUACCCUCAGAUUCAAGAUCGAGUCCAGGAGGAGCUGAGCAGGGUGGUCGGCGUCCGGCAGGUCCGAGCGGAGGACCGCAAGAGGCUGCCUUACGUCAACGCCGUCAUCCACGAGACGCAGAGGCUGGCCAACAUCGUCCCCAUGGCCGUCACGCACCAAACCAGCAGAGACGUCACCUUCCGGGGCUACUUCAUCCGAAAGGGGACCGUCGUGCUCCCUCUGCUGACUUCCGUCCUCCACGACCAGAGCGAGUGGGCGACGCCAAACGCCUUCAACCCUUCCCACUUCCUGGAUGAGGAGGGCAACUUCGUCAAAAGGGAGGCCUUCUUGCCCUUCUCCGCAGGCCGCAGGGCUUGCCUGGGCGAGAGCCUGGCCAAGGUGGAGCUCUUCCUCUUCUUCACGUCCCUCCUCCAGCGCUUCCGCUUCGUUCCGCCGCCCGGGAUUUCCGAGGACGAGCUGGAUUUGACGCCGGUGGUGGGCUUCACCCUCCGUCCCAAGCCUCACCGGCUGUGCGCGGUCAGUCGCCAGUGAAGAGAAGCUUCUAAGCGAAAACCAAAGUGAAGUUUGGCACUUUUUAACUAAAUAUGAUUCAAUUAAAUGUGAUGCAAUUCACCCGCAGUCGUGUAUUUUUUUCAUCCUCUGCGAAAAACAACUAAUAUUGCUGCAUCUUACAUCUUACAAUCAGUUGUGAAAUCUUUUUUUUUUGUAUCCAUUUGAUACUGCCCCCUGGUGGUAAAUUGUGGGUUAUCAUCCAUGUCGUAAUAAUAUAAUAAUAACAAUAAUAUAAUAAUAUCUCUUGGAUUUUCCAAUGAACCCCCCAGGCAUGGUUUUGGAACGUGAAAGGCAAAAGUAGCCGCAGAAAACCGACAGAA